CGGCAUGCCGCCCAAGCACUACCUCACCAGCAACUUCCGCGUCGCAUUCGAAGAAUACUUUAAGCCCGAUCAGCAGCGAAAUGCCGUAGACGUGCUCACAGACCACAUCGCGGAGGUCCGCGACGGCUCCGAGGCGCAGCGCCGCGAGCUCGGGGUGCUGCGGCCACAGGACACGUCCCCCGAGCAGAUCGAGCAGCGCAUCGCCGCCUACCUCGACAAGUGCUACUGGCAGCUCUCCCAGUUCUAUCGGUACUCCGUCCCGUGCCGCAUCGCCGAAGCAGAACCGUACCUCCGCGAGGUUAUUGGCUACGCGAAGACGAAGGGCGGGAAGAUGGACGUAACGCCAGUGCUCUACCUCUCGGUCGCGAUCCACGGGACGCCGGAGAAGGAGCAGGAGGCUCUGUCCCUCUUCGCCGACGCGUUCGCCGACUUCGACGCCAACGGCGCGCCCGCGCUCGGUCCGCGCUCAGAGCUGUGGGCUCGCGCGCACUGGGCGCGACUACUACGCCGCCUUGCGCGUGUUCCGGAGGCGGAAGCGCAGGAGCAGUUCAUAGUUGACUGGAUCGUGGGCCACCCUUUAGUGCUUCCGCCUGCCAAGCUACAGGCUCUCGUAACCGACCAAAACGACGACGGGCCCCUCAAGGAAAUCCUCACGCACCCAGAAGUAGUCGCUGCGUUUGAGCAGGCGCGAGAAAGAAAAGAGGGAGGACGGGCCUAAGUUGCCGGUCUCCUGCCAUCUGCUGUGGUCCACCAA